AUGGAGUUGGCGAUAGAGGCCGCAUCCAAAGACGAAGCUCUGUCCGCCGUAUUUUUCCGUGUCUAUCGGGUGGCAAUCGCAUCAGGGGUCACUUCGAGAAUCGUUGUGAAGACCCUCGAGCCCAUCGCCCUCGAUCAGCCGAGGACCAAAGCGUCGGAGCCUUUUCCAGACACUCUAUCCGAGGACCCUCACCCAGAUGAAGUCGCGCAGCUUGAGCAGGACGACGACAACCUGAACCACGAAGAAGAUGACGAUUUCCCCGAUGAGAAAGAGAAGGACGAACAAACGGACGACCUGGACUUUGAGUCUAUCCGUGCCUUCGUUCUCUCCAGCGGGGCAUUCGAAAACAUGACGAGAAGGCUGUCCGAUUUCGUCAACCCUUCUUUCCGUACCCACGCCCAGAAGCUCGUUGCGAGGGUCCUUGAAGGCAAGGACACAUUGGAUGAUGACUAUUGGGUCGGCAUGAAGGAUAAGAUGCAAGUCAUCCUGACAGAACUAGAAGAGUCGGGUCCUGAAAGUGUCAUGCUUGAUAUCGAAAGCAUGCCUAAGAGACUCGAUAACUUCCAAAAUUGGGUGCAAACUUUGACAAAGGAGGAUUGGGAUUGGUGGCCUCUGCCGUCUCCCAGGCAUGCUCCAAGCUCGACCGAGGCGCGAAUUGGAUGGCGCUGUAGGUGCGGCAUAUCAAGAUGGGAAACCGUACCAGCUUCAUUUGCAGGUAACAUUGCAAUGUUGCUGCGAAAACAUCCUCUCGCAAGCCGGAACUAUACAGCCUCAGCAAGCAACCCGACAUCAGACGCUCUACCACCGUCGUCGAAGGCAUAUGAGACCUCGUCGCUGGGAACGAGAUCAAUCAAGACUCCCCGCGCCAACGAAUCAUCAAAGUUGCCCGACCCAACGUCCUCGCCUGGCCAGGAGACUCAAACCGGUCAGAAGCGCGAAUAUCCCCGGCCGAGAUACAUCUUCAUACUCGCAACCACGGGCCGGCAUCGGCUGAGGCAACUACCUUCGCUUUAUCUAGACACCGCAGAUUUUGGCCAAGAGUUGCGAAAGGUAUAUCGCGAGCUCAAAGGCUUCUGGAGGUGGUGGCUCUCGCCUUAUAACUUCUCUCAUUGCGAUUUUGUGCGUUUUGAAAAGUUCUGCCGCAACGGCUUCGCCCACCGCGGUCUCGAAGUACCAAACACGUCCCAAAAGGAUUACUACUACAACCCGCGACCCGCCCUCCGCGAACCCCCCGUCUCCCCCGAAGAAUUCAGCCACGUCUUCCACUACACGGCAAAGAGCGAGGCCGUCAUCUGGACAUCGCUCGGUCUGCCGUUCUACGAUACCGUCGAGGCGCUCAGCGAAGACACGGUUGGGUGUAUACCGCAGCGGUACCACUACCUCGACGAGCGGAGUAAUCGCAAAGAGGACUUUUGGGGUCUGUAUGUCCGGGAGCGGAGGUCUGCGCUGAUGACGUCGGUGUAUAUCCUGCUGUGUCUGUCACCGUUUUUUGCUUUUUGCUUUUUGUAUUCAUUUGGCGUUAUUUCGGGGGAUAUUCAGAAUGCGACUACGCCGCUUGCGUUGGCGUUGACUGCUCUUGGCUUGUUUUUGGGGUCUAUGGUUAAGUCUUAG